GAUUUGCCAUGUAAUAAAUAUGUGGGAUUUACAAUAGAGAAUAUACCUAACAUGAAGAUAUAUUUAAGGCAAAUACUGAUACAAUAGCAAAUAUCUACAAAGUUUCGAUAUAAGGGAAAACUUAAAGUUAAAUUAAACUUUCAUCUGUGCACAUUUUGACAAAUUAUUUAAUUAGGAGCUUACAGUCAAAAUUUUGUUUAAAUCAAUUGUACAGUUAACUUCCGGUUAUUCGAUUGUGAAUUAUGGGUAAAAUAUGAAACAAUUGUGAAAUUGUGUGAAUUUUAGAGCCAAUUGCAGAGGAAUUACUAAUCAAAAUAAUUUCUGUAAGCGCGAUCUGCUGACAAUUUUACGAAAUAGCAAUUUUUCGUUUAUCAGUUGCUACUAGUAGGUUAGCUUUUGAAGCCUCUUAAAGUGACUCCUUUUAGACAUAUCCUUUAACAUAGAUAGGCAACGCUAAUAUCAACAAGCUAACAUGAUCCAUGGCUAUUCUAUUCUAUUUAUUGGUUGGGUGUCCAUUUUGUCUAUGGUGUAAUGAUGGUGUCUACUUCGCAGGGUCGGUUUAGGUCAGUUUUGUAUUUACAAAUUAAAGUAAGUGGUGAAUAGGAAAAAAAAAAAUAAAAUAAUGGUUCGGCGAUGUUAUGUACCCGAUUGUUCUUCAGAAGAAGGUAAGGAAGAGCAUCAAGGUGUAACUUUUCAUAAGAUUCCCAUGCAUUCUGACAUAAGACCGAAGUGGAUGUUAUUAUGUCGAAUUCCUGAAGAUAAGAAAGAUAUGAAAGUUAUUUAUAUUUGCUCCAGACACUUUUUAAACGCCGAUUUUUGCCAUUUCAAAGGUAAAAAGUAUAUGUUAAAACAAGGAGUUUUACCUAGUGUUUUUCCUUGGAAAAAAGCCAUUCCAAAGAAAACGAAAUUACAGAAAGGCAACUGUUUGAGUCCUCCUUCUGCAAACAGUGACGAUAAUCUUUUAAAAACUGUAGUAAAUGAUAACAAGGAAGAAGAAAUCUCUAUUAAAAGGGAGCCAACUUUAUCUGCUACUGAUAAUUUAAGUCCAAGUAUGUCUUCAAUGUUAUCAUCUAGUACUGCAUAUCAGUCAGAGAAGCAACAAGAAAAAAUUAAAGCUUUUACACCUAAUAUGCACAUAGAGGCAUUGGAUUUUAAUGAAGUCUGGUAUCCAGCACAAAUUGUUGAAGUUGAUUACGAAGAAAGUGAAGUUUUAAUACAUUUUGAAAAGUAUUCCAGUAAAUAUGAUGAGUGGAUUUCAAUGAACAGCUCAAGGCUUCGCCCUUUACAGAAAAAAGAGACUCAGAAGUUUUCUGUUGGAGAAAAGUGUUUGGCUUCAUGGAGUGAUGCCAGGAAAUUUCCUGCAACUGUUACAAAAGUGUUGAAUAAUGGUGUUUACGAAGUCAAAUUUGACGACGGUUUUGUAAAAUCUUUAAAAGUACAUCGAAUGGUAAAAGUUGAUGGAAAACAUCUUCAGUCAUCCCCACUGUUUGAUCCAAUUCAAAGCACAAAACAAGAACGACGUGAUCGGAAACGUAAACUAAACGUAGCUGCAUUAUUUGGAAAACGUUCGAAACCUUUUGACACAUCAACAUCAGACGAAUCUGCCCCUCAAAUAGAAGAUGUAGCAGACAUUUGGGUACCAAAGUGGGAAAACGGAAAACCCGUAGGCGAAGAAUCGUCAAUUGAGUUAAACGAUGGCGCCAGAAAGUCUGUAAUCGUGGUCGAUCCAAGAUUACCGCCAAAUUGGGUGAAACAUUUGGCUCAGCGUCCCCAUGGUACAUCUGCUGGGAAAUGGGAUACUGUUAUCGUGAAUCCCGAAGGUAAACGGUUUCGAACACGAUCGGAAGUAAAAACGUGGUUAGAGGCCCAUCCAGAUUAUAAUCUCACAGCAUAUACUUUCGACUUUAGUCUUCAUAAAAAAACGAGACGAUCUGCACAGAUACGAGAAACGGUCAGUAAUCAAACAACUGUCGAAAAUGGUGUUUCAGCGAGCGAAGAACACGAUCCCGAAGUUGUACAGCAAAAUGAAGUAAAAAAUAAUUUGAAAAUCACAUCGGUAGACGGAGUGUAUCAGUGUCCUAUUUCGGGAUGUGAUAAGAGUUUUCGUCGUGAAAAUCUUGCUCAGAUGCAUGUUAAACAUUAUCAUCCCGAAUACACCAAAUAUCUCGAUUCAACACCCAACGUAGCGGACUUGGCGUACGCACGCACAGUCGGCGAGAACCUUACCGAAAAAGCUGAAAAACUGAAACAGAUUCCGCUAAAAAGUCAGGGAUCAAAAAACAUUCCUUCAAAGACAACUGGAUCGGCUCCGACGCAAUCCACAAAAAACGACAGCGAUCCCCCUUCAAUUUUCCCUUGUGAUGACGAUAACGAAGACAAAAUGAAAAUCAAAGAGGAAGCAUUGUCUGUGUUAAAGGAUUCCGAGAUUCUUAAGCUGCUUAAUACUAAACCUUCUGUGGGCAGUGUAGCGAUCAAAUAUCCGCCCGGACUGCCGCCAAAUGCUUAUCCCGAUAUUAAACUUAAGGAUCUUUUAAAAAAAUCGGACGCCGUGCCAGGCAAUGUUAACGAUUCCAACUCAGCAUCAUCGUCGUCUUCGUCGUCAUUGUCGUACACUAAUGCCAAUCGAUCGUCAGGCAUUAAAACAUUACUUCCAAUUGUUAAAUGUGAAAUUUUUAAAAAAGAAGGUGACAACAGUCAUGAAAAUAGUCAGACUGAAGCUUUUGAAGAAGGCGAAUCACAUUUUCCUGAAUCGUUACCGGCAGCUGAUUAUAAAGAGCAAUGUUCAGAAGACACGAUGCCAUCUGUGCUACCCUGCGAGCCAAAUUACAUUGUUGAAGGGGGCGAAGUGAUAAAAAUCGUGCAAAUGAGACGUGAAGAAAUAAUAAAUUGCACAUGCGGAAUAACCGAAGAAGACGGUCUUAUGAUUCAGUGUGAAUUGUGUCUCUGUUGGCAGCACGCUUACUGUAACAAUAUCGAAAAGGAAAAUCAAGUCCCUGAUAAGUAUGUAUGUUACAUAUGUCAGAACUCGACUAGGAGUAGAUCAUCAAGAAUAUAUUACCACGACCAAGAUUGGUUGAAGCAUGGCGUUCUCACGGUCGGAUCUUAUCACUGUAAGGAUGAUGAUAUGCUCUUCAAGAGGUUCGAAAAAUUAAAUAAGUCUCACGAUUAUUCCGGCGCCUUGAUCGAGUUGAAGAGUUAUAUACACGCACUUCGGAUUAAAUUAAAUAUCGCUGAGGCUAAAAAUCAUCCAAAGCUUUAUCUGUGGUCAAAACCAUGGUUAAAGUGCUUAUUGUCCGAAGAAAUUAACAAAAAAGAGGAAAUAAGAAAUUUGUCAGGUCAUGACGAGAGGAGCAUUGAUGAUCUGUAUCAUAUACAGAAAAACAAGAACAACGAAACUAUUUCUCCAUCUUUCGAAAAUCUCGCUAACAGUUCUGUAUUACUGUCUCUUCUGAAAUCACACAAAACUGAGGAACCUUUAACAACCGAUAAUUUGUUGGAUCUAGACACUGUGAAAAUACCACAGCCCGAAGCUGCAAUUGAUUCAUCAGAGUGUCGUUUGAAUCUUCUCGAUCACAUAAAUUUCGGUCAAAAUCUGGUCGAAGCUAGACUUGACGUUUUAGAAAAGAAAAUGCAAUACUUUGAUGUUGUCGGCGACAACGAAGAAGAUGAUCAUGUACACAUUUGUCGUACAAUAAAAAUGCUUUUGAGAGACCUCUUACUUCUACAAGAUUUCGGUCAGAGUAGUAGCCUCUAAGGUAAUAGUAAAAUAUAAUAUUUCAAUCAGAUUUAAUAGUUUUUAUAUAUUAUUUUUAAUUAAUUGCUUAUGUAUUCAUAUCUAUUCCCUUAAUGAUUAGUUUUUGUUUGAAAUGUAUAUGUAGCAGCCUUUUAGUUUAAUCGGCUGUUUCACAAAAUGUUUGCAUUUUUCGUGAAAUGCGUUUUACGACAAGGCAGCGAUUAAAGUAAUUAUGUAUUUUAUGUUUUUACUUCAAUAAAAAUGUUAAAAAUA